AAAAGCGUCAAGAAACCGGACAAAGAUCUGAAAAACGCAUUCUCCUCAGCUGUCGGAGAAGAAAGGGAAGUAUUGGAGGAACUCCUGGCUGCCAUUAGUGUUGAUCAGGCCAAAAUGGACGCCUCAAACCGACUUGAUCAGGGACAAAAGCUUGUGCAGGAUGAACAAGACAAUUUUGUCCUCGCCAAAGCCACAGGAUCGGCCUCUGAAUGUGGAUGUUGCUUUGAGGAGUUCGCGAGCAAUCGAAUGGUAUACUGCAACAGCCUAGAGCCGCACUUCUUUUGUCGGCGAUGCUUCACAUCUGAGGCGGAAAGGCUAGUAGGGCUCAAUAAAUUCAAAAUUGAAUGCAUGUCCAUGGAUGGAGAUUGCCGCAUGGGAUUUUCCAGAACUCAGAUCUUGCAGCUUGACAGCAAGCUUCGAUUUGCCUUGGAGAGGCUCGAACAAGAUGAGGCUAUCCGCAGUGCAGGGCUCGAAAACCUGGAGACAUGCCCGUUCUGUCCGUAUGCGGAAGAAUAUCCUCCCGUCGAGCUGGAUAAAGAGUUUCGCUGCAGAAAUCCCGAUUGCGGAAUUACCAGCUGUCGGAGUUGUCGGCUCGAGACUCACAUACCCAAGACCUGCGCAGAGGCGGCAGACGAUAAUGCUAAAGACGAUAGUAUCUCGGCUCGGCAUGCCAUCGAAGAGGCGAUGUCUGCAGCAAUGAUUCGUAAUUGCAACAAAUGCAAGACGCCAUUCAUCAAGGAGCUUGGCUGUAACAAGAUGACAUGUACCAAGCCGAGUUGCGGCAACGUGCAAUGUUAUGUUUGUCACAAAUCGUGCCUGUAUGAUCAUUUUGACAGUAGGGCCCACGGUGGCAAGCCUGGAAACUGUCCUUUAUUCGAUCAAAGUGUUGAGAAACGGCAUGAGGAUGAAGUCUCAGCAGCCGAGGAGCUGGCUCGCCAGGCUGCCAUCGUCGCAAACCCGCAACUAGAUAGCGAUGUGCUCAAGAUAAAGUUCUCCUUCCAGCUGGAUGAAGAAGAGAAGAAACGAAAGUUCGCGCUGGGUCUUCAACGCCAUGGAGUCGAUGCUCUCCAGCUUGAACGCCGGGCCAGGUUUGAAGAGCAAAGACGAAGAUGGGAACAGGGACGCCUAGAAGCUCAGCAACGAAAUUUACAGCGCAACGGAGGCGCCCAUCAGCAAAGAGUCAUCGCCCACACAAUCCCUCACUCGGUUCAGCAGCCUUUAAACCCGAACUUGGCCUUGGGAGCGUCAUUUCCAGCACGACAGUCGAUUGUGCCAGCUCUGCCAUUGCAGCUCGCACAGCCUCUCCCAGCCCGGAAUGCUCCUGAUCAGCAGCUCCAGAUCUAUCCACCAAUUCCACAAGGGCAAAAUGAACAACUUGUGUUCCAUCCAUGGGCUUUUCAAAAUUACGGAGUCCUCCCAGCUAUGCCUAUACCACAACCAGCGCCAGCGGCACUCCAGCACUAUGGCGCUGCGUUCGAUCUCCAGUCGCGAUGGCAGGCUAUACCAGGCCCCAACCCUAUUGACAACCAGAUGGCACCAAGGCAAGGUUUAGGUUGGAAAUGGAACUACUCUCAGCAUACUCCCGGCGCCGAAGACUUGGAAGUACAUCAACAACAACAACAGUGGCCUGAUCAACAAGACCAGUCACUGGUCCCUAAGAUGGACGCAUUCCAUAUACCAGGCCAAUCCCUACUAGCGCAGGGCUUACCCAUCUUUGGUCAACAUGGUCAGCAAAAUGAGGCAUCAUCUAGGCUCGGUUCUAAGCAAAACCCGAUCGACCUCGACGCAGGAACUGACCAUCGUGAGCAAACAUAACAAGCAGGCCU